GACGUGAUUCGCUAUUUAAAUCCCCAAAAGAUCUCAUCGCUUUCCCUCUCCAUCAACCAUUUGCAAAGCCCUAAACCUAGAAAUGGAGUGGAACGCAGAAACUCUUCAGUUCCUUUCCCAAUGCUUCCUCCACACUCUUUCUCCGGCUCCCGAGCCCCGCCGCCGCGCCGAAGAUUCGCUCUCCAGGGCUUCUGACAGCCCCAACUAUGGACUCGCGGUCCUCCGCCUCGUCGCCGAGCCCUCCGUUGAUGAGCAGAUCCGUCAAGCCGCUGCCGUCAACUUCAAGAACCAUCUCCGGGCCAGAUGGGCACCCGCCUCAGUGGAUGAGCCCGACUCCUCCGCCCUGUCCCUUAUUGCCGAUCCCGAGAAGGAGCAGAUCAAAGCGCUGAUCGUUCCCCUCAUGCUCUCAUCUACUCCCAAAAUCCAAUCCCAGCUCAGCGAAGCCCUUGCCCUCAUCGGCAAGCACGAUUUCCCGAAGCUUUGGCCGGCACUGCUCCCUGAGCUUGUCGCGAACCUACAGAAGGCAUCGCAGGCGUCCGAUUACACAUCCAUCAACGGUAUUCUCGGCACCGCCAACUCUAUCUUUAAGAAAUUUCGGUACCAGUACAAAACCAAUGAUCUUUUGCUAGAUUUAAAAUAUUGUUUGGAUAAUUUUGCCGCACCGUUAUUAGAAAUCUUUCUCAAAACCGCUGCUUUGGUUGAUUCGGCGGCAAACUCGGGUGCACCCGCCUCCACCCUUAAGCCCCUUUUUGAGUCUCAGAAGUUGUGUUGCAGAAUAUUUUAUUCCUUGAAUUUUCAGGAACUGCCUGAGUUUUUUGAAGACCAUAUGAAGGAGUGGAUGACUGAGUUUAGGAAGUACCUUGGGACGAGUUACCCAGUGCUCGAGAGUAGUGGGGUUGAUGGGCUUGCGCUCGUAGACGAGCUUAGAGCAGCGGUAUGUGAGAAUAUUAAUCUUUAUAUGGAGAAGAACGAGGAGGAGUUUCAAGGGUACUUGAAUGAUUUUGUCCUGUCGGUUUGGAGUUUAUUAGGGAAUGUCACUCAGUCUUCUAGCCGUGAUCAGCUAGCCAUGGUUGCGAUCAAGUUUUUGACCACAGUAAGCAUGAGCGUGCACCACACUUUGUUUGCAGGUCCGGCAGUGAUACCACAGAUUUGUCAGAGCAUCGUGAUUCCAAAUGUGAGGCUGAGGGAGGAGGAUGAGGAACUAUUUGAAAUGAAUUAUAUAGAGUUCAUUAGGAGGGAUAUGGAGGGCAGUGAUCUUGAUACUAGGAGGAGAAUCGCAUGUGAGCUUCUUAAAGGGAUUGCAACCAAUUAUAAGCAACAGGUCACGGAAAUAGUUUCUUCACAGAUUCAACAUUUGUUAACCUCCUUUGCAGCAAACCCAGCUGCAAAUUGGAAGGAUAAGGACUGUGUCAUAUACUUAGUUGUCUCCCUUGCUACUAAGAGGGCUGGGGGUACUUCUGUCUCGACUGAUCUUGUAGACCUUCAAAGUUUUUUUGCUUCAGUUAUUGUGCCUGAGUUGAAAAGUCAGGAUGUCAAUGGGUUUCCAAUGCUUAAGGCAGGUGCAUUGAAAUUCUUUACAAUGUUCCGGAAUCAGAUAUCAAAGGACAUUGCAGCUCAUCUGUUUCAAGAUUUGGUUCGGUUCCUUCUUUCGGAGUCAAAUGUUGUUCAUUCUUAUGCUGCGAGUUGUAUUGAGAAACUCAUGCUGGUCAAGGAUGAGGGGGGGAGAGCAAAAUACACUGGAAAAGACAUUGCUCCAUUUUUUGGAGAGCUGAUGACCAACCUUUUUAAUGCUUUCAAGUUUCCUGAGUCUGAGGAGAAUCAAUACAUAAUGAAAUGCAUCAUGCGGGUUCUUGGAGUAGCAGAAAUAUCUCGUGAAGUUGCUGGAACUUGCAUAACUGGGUUGACCUCUAUUCUCAUGGAAGUUUGUAAAAACCCUAAGAAUCCAAUCUUUAAUCACUAUCUCUUUGAGUCUGUGGCCAUUCUUGUCAAGCGGGCCUGUGAGAAAGACCCCUCUCUCAUAUCAGCUUUUGAAGCCAGGCUUUUUCCUUGCCUCCAGCAGAUAUUGGCCAAUGAUGUUACUGAGUUCUUCCCAUAUGCAUUUCAGCUGUUGGCUCAGCUAGUUGAAUUGAAUAGUCCUCCGAUUCCUCCAAGCUACAUGCAAAUUUUUGAGAUUCUCCUGUCACCUGAUUCAUGGAAGAGAGCUUCAAAUGUCCCAGCCCUCGUGCGUUUACUUCAGGCCUUCCUUCAGAAGGCACCCCUUGAGCUUAACCAAGAGGGAAGGCUUAACAAGGUCCUUGGUAUAUUCAAUACCCUCAUCUCAUCCCCUAGUACAGCUGAACAGGGCUUCUAUGUGCUCAACACUGUCAUUGAGAGUCUUGAAUAUGGUGUAAUUGCACCCUACAUUUGUCAUAUUUGGGCCGCCCUUUUUGGGCAGCUCCAAAAUAGACGAGCUGUAAAGUUUGUCAAGUCUUUCGUGAUAAUUAUGUCACUCUUUGCAGUCAAACAUGGUUCUACAAACCUUGUAGAUACCAUGAAUGCUGUUCAGCCCAACAUAUUUUCUAUGAUUGUGAAGCAGUUUUGGAUACCUAAUCUCAGGCUGAUCACAGGAGCAAUUGAGCUUAAGUUGACUGCAGUUGCUUCUACCAGGCUUAUCUGUGAGUCUUCUGCUCUUUUGGAUGCUGCAAAUGUUGAACUGUGGGGAAAAAUGCUGGAUAGCAUUGUUACCCUCCUUUCACGACCAGAGCAGGAUAGGCUGGAGGAGGAACCAGAAAUGCCGGAUAUUGCAGAAAAUGUGGGUUACACCGCCACCUUUGUCCGUCUAUAUAAUGCUGGAAGAAAAGAGGAGGAUCCUCUGAAAGAUAUAAAAGAACCCAGGGAGUUUUUGGUAGCUUCGUUGGCAAGGCUUUCUUCACUUUCUCCUGGGCGAUACCAGAUCAUCAAUCAAUAUAUGGAUCCAGCAAAUCAAGCAGCAUUGCUUCAGCUUUGCAGCACUUAUAAUUGCCCAAUUGUUUGA